AUGUCAAACCUUUUUACUGGAAGCCAAGGUCUCGUUAUCCAUAACUCGAAUUUUCAUGCGAGCACUACCUAUAACACGACUGGGCUCAAAGGUUUCGACUUGCUCGUGAAGGCUGUAUCGCCCAAUGCAUUCCACAACUCCGACGACCGCCCUGAUCCUCCUCGGUGUCACGAAAACACGCGGGUCGCCGUAAUCAACCGAAUAAUCGAUUGGGUGACGGGCAAGAUCGACACAGACUCUUUCAUUCUCUGGCUAUACGGGCCAGCUGGAGCUGGUAAAUCGGCCAUCGCACGUACCAUCGCCGAACGUUGCGAGGAGCUUGGCCUGCUCCUUGGUAGCUUCUUCUUCUUCCGCACCGACCCUGCGAGAAAUACAACACGACAAUUCGUCGCCUCUCUCGCCUAUUGCAUCGCGCUCACGGUUCCUCCUGCGAGAGUAUUGAUAGAACAAGUUGUCGAGAGUAACCCCCUCAUUUUCCAGUAUUCGCUCGACACUCAGCUCGCCAAACUCGUUCUGGAGCCACUCCAGCAUCUCUUUAAUCAAGAAACUCCUCGCCUGGCUCCGCAACCGCUUCUCAUUCUCAUCGAUGGUCUUGACGAAUGCUUGGACGAAGAUUCCCAAGCGCAGCUAAUCAAGGCCAUUUCCUCCGCCUCCCGUCGAGUGCCCGCCCCACUCAGAUUCCUCAUCUCCAGUCGGCCGGAAAGACAUAUCAGCUUCGCACUCAAUGCCUGUGGACCUUCGAUCGUCUCCCAUCUCGAACUCAAUAACGAUCUUUCGCCGGGCAAGGACAUACUCCUUUUUCUCACCAAUAAAUUUCGCUCGAUGAAAGAAAACCAUCCCUAUCGCACGCUUAUCCCUUCUUGUUGGCCUCAUGAAGAUCAGCUCCACCUUCUCACACGAAAGGCCUCUGGCCAGUUUAUCUACGCUUCCCUUGCCGCUCAUUUCAUUGGUUCCCCUCGACACUUGCCAACACAACGUCUGGACAUAGUUUUGGACCUUCGACCGGCUGACAGUGACCUUCCCUUUGCGGAGCUGGACCAACUGUAUCGAUUCAUUUUCUCCCGCGUCAGUAACAUCGGAUUGGUCUUACAAAUAUUGGGCAUCAUCAUAGCUCUUCGAUAUGAACCACACUUCCAACGCCUCGACAUCGUAGAGGAAAUUCUUGAGUUAAAGGAGCCUGCUACGUCGAUGGUAGAGCUUGCAGAUCUUCACCCUGUCAUGAAAUGCAAAGACAUGACAAGCCGAAAUGUGUUUCAUCACUCGUCCUUCAUCGAUUUUCUUAUCAACCACCAGCGAGCGAAAGACUACUAUGUAGAUUCCCGGAAAAGUCACACCCAAAUUCUCCAAUGGCUACUUCGCAUGUUCAGAAACGACAGUUCUCCGACGCUGCGACUUGAUAUCUUCGUCACCCCUUCACAUUUCCCCAGUCUCCGGCAACACUUGGUGAAUUGCUGGGUGACACCAGACCUCGAGGACGAACUGAAAGCUUUCACCUUGGAUACCUAUAUGAGAACUAGGCUUUCCAUGGGCGAAGAUCUAUCGUCUGUCCUAAGUCACGUGAAAGUUUCGUUCUUAAAUGCCUUGAAGGAGGUGAAUCAGCAUGAGCUACACCGCCAUCACACUUCGCUGUUCGAGCGUCUCAUCAAGCCAAUUUCUGCAGUCGAUGGCUGUCCUAGCCCUGAUAAAUUUCUUGUCAUAAGCGCAAUUCGGGGUGCCGCAACGAAGAAAUUAUGCUUUUCUCGCCAUUUCUUCAAGUUGUACAGCUAUCACCGACCUUCCGGGUUUCGAGUCUGGGACAAGAUGUGUCGAGAAAUCUUCGGGUUUCAGACAGUCGAUAUUCUUUGGGACUUGGAACACUACAGGCUACUCGAGCCUCCGGACUAUUACGUGUACAUGAGGGAUAUGUUCGAGGACAAUGAACCACUAUGGCCGAUAUACGGAACUCCAAAGGGCCGAAAGACAAUCAAACCCACCGAUCAUAGAGUUUGCGAAGGACUCGUUCAAGUCGUCAUCAGGCUUCGAAAUCUCUUAUAUUGUCACGGCUCACACAACACGCGCAAAGCACUCCACUUACUCCACUCAUGGGCUGCCAAAUCGACCCGUUCACCAUGGCUGUCAAGACGGCGGACGAGAUUUCUCAACUUCCGACGGGGAAUAAGGUUCAACGACCCUCCCCGUGGUGAAAAGCUACGAUCGCACUCUUCCAGUCUUCGAAAUUUAUCGCACGCGUUCAAUGCAGUUCCCAGGUUUUCUGAAGUGGGAUAUUUCACGGCGCGUUUGAAAUACCUCACCGCAUUGGAUCUCAUGCGCCUUGUUCUCCACGUCGUACAGGAGUCGAACGAGAUAUCGGCAUUGCUAUUGGAACCGUUCAUACUCUACCCUGCGACAGUCCUGUUCCCAAAACACACGCGCCGUGUCAUGUGUGCGGUCCAGAGGUACUUGGAGAAGCUCUCCUGCUAUAAUCCGGAUCUCCAGUACAGCGCAAGAAUGUAUGACAUCUCUGCCAGCUCGAGUGAUGAAGAAGGAUAUGCUACCUGUAAUUCCGACAAUGAAGGCCCAAACGGUAGGGAUUAA